CCUGGCCCUUCCACUGCAGUGACUACAAAUAUCUCCUCUCUGCACGGGACAGAGAACUAGACAAAACAGGAGAAGCCACCAAGCCUGCCCCAGUGGUCUCACUUCUCCAUGACAGGACUACAUGGGUACUCUGCUCCAGACGUGCAUCGCGUCCGAAUCAUCGUGAUGCCAAUCCCGCUGCUCUGCUGGCUCCUGCUGUGUCCCGCGGAUGCCAGGCCACACCCAGAGCCAACCGGUCCCUCUACAAUGCUCUCUCCCUCGGCGUCCUCACACCCCUUGUCCUGCAGGGCUCUACUCCCAAAGUCCCUGCCUGGCUUCUCUCAUCUCCCGCCUCUCCCCCAGUUCCUGGUCGGCCUGGCUCUGAGAAACGCUCUGGAGGAAGCUGGCUGCCAGGCUGAUGUCUGGGCUCUGCAGCUUCAGCUGUACCGACUGGGAGGUGUGGAGGCUACCCAGACCCUCAUCCACCAUCUUCAAGAGCUCCAGAAAGGUGGACACGCGGACCGGCAAGUGUCAAUGGACGCCCUGACCUCCGCUCUGCAGCGCUCAGCCUGGGAGCAGCCAUGUCCAAACAGGGUCCGUCGCUGGCUUUCUUACUCCGACUGUGACAACGAGGAGGAGCAGAGCGUGCACGACGUGGUCGAGCAGCUGCCGGCAGUGGGGGCCUACUACAAUCUAGGCACAGCUUUGUAUUAUGCCUUCCAGAGUUGCUCUGACAAGGCCAAGGAGCGAGGCAAAGAUGGGGCCAUAGAUCUGGGGUAUGACCUUCUGAUGGCCAUGGCGGGUCUGUCAACGGGGCCAGCUGGGGUGGUCAUCAGUGCUGCUCUUAAGCCAGCAAUGAAGGCUGGGGUUCAGCAGAUGAUCCAAUAUUAUUAUGGUGAGAAAGAGGUGAGCGUCCCUUAGCCAGAGACCAGGAAGGAUGGACCCUCACACGACCUGGAGGAAACAGCCGUGGCCAGUUUUGUGUCAGAAGCUGAAAGUCCAUCUUCCUACUGGGGGCCAACCUUAGUCAAGAAUUAUGGUGUCUUAGCAUACGAGAGAUCGUAGUAGAGCAAAUUCUGGCAAGAGAAGGAUGGAUGGAUGGGUGUGGGGUCCUGUCAUCACUUGCCGGUCAUUUCUUUCUUGAAACUCAGCUUUUACAUUCCUAAUGAGGGACUAGUGAGUUUUCACCUGAGCAAGUGGUUUUAGAAAUAAUUAAAAACUGAUAGCCUGAA